AUGCUCCAAGCCUUCGAGAUCCCCCAAUCCUCGUUGACCGUCGCACACGCCUCCUUAGCAAUGGAGUCCAACUUCUGUGCAGACGCCGACAAGUCCUUUGGCCCAAAUGUACCGUCGGAAUGCCGGGGUGGUUUUGAUUUUACAAUUCUGUUUGAAAAUAUCUUCUUCGCCUUCCUCCCGGCCACAGCACUGCUUGUUGCCUCUGCAGUUCGCCUUUGGGGGCUCCGCUGCGUGGAUACGGUUGCUUUCAAACCCCUGCUCCAGAUCAUCAAGCAGUGUGUCGCCAUCGCCGAUUCCAUUAUCCGGCUGGUCACUCUGGUCUUGUGGGCGUUGCCGUCCUCGUUUCGAACCAAAUGGUCACUGCCAUCGGCGACUCUCAGCCUGCUAGCAUCGCUGUCGGUAUGUAUCCUGUCGUACAGUGAAGGACGAAAGUCUAUCAGGCCAUCGAUUGUCCUGAAUGUCUACCUGUUCUUCGCAAGUCUCUUCGACAUUGUGCAGCUUCGCACGCUCUGGCUUGCAAGCUCUUACGCCGGCCUCCAACGUAUCGCCACUUCGGACUCGGUGGGCUUGGCUUUGAGAAUUCUCCUGCUAAUCCUGGAGGCUAUCCCCAAGCAAGAACGCGAGGUCCAUGUAUCACCAGAGGAUACAGCUGGGCUGUACAGCUUGAGAACCUUCUGGUGGCUCAACCGCAUUCUUUUGCUGGGACGUACUAAACAGUUGGAGUCCAGUGACUUGUUUCCCAUCGACUCGGGCUUAAGAACUUCGCGAUACAGCCCACCGCUGAGAACAACAUGGAAAACGGUUGACCGCAAUCAGAAGUAUGCGCUACUAGGCGCGGUGGUCACUACUCUGAAAUGGCCAGUUCUUGCUCCCGUCGUCCCUCGUCUCGUUCUCAUCGGAUUCACUUAUGCUCAACCACUACUCAUCAAACGUGCACUGAACUAUGUUGCGAAGGGUGAAUCUGAAGAAAAAAACAUAGGAUAUGGACUCAUCGGAGCCACGGUUCUGGUGUAUUGUGGCCUUGCAAUUUUCAACGGCUAUUACAACCAUUUGCUUUACCGCAGUAUCACUCUGAUCCGCGGAUCUCUGAUCGACAUUGUUUAUCACAAGUCGUUGGAGAUUGAACUUACGGCAGCCCAGGAAGCAGCCCCAGCAGGCAAGUCGUUAUUUCCAUCUGAUUCUAAAAACAAGUGUGCUGAUCACAACACAGGACUUGUCACCGCCGACAUCGAUCAAUUAACUCCAACCAUUGAGAAGAUACACUCUCUAUGGGCGAGUAUAAUUGAACUUGGGAUAGGGACAUACCUACUGCAAAUAGAAGUCGGUUGGGCCUGUACAGGGCCUAUCAUAGUUACACUCUUCUGUACUGUAGCAACUUCCUACGUUUCCAAAUUAUUACCAGCCCGACAAAAAACAUGGAACCAAGCGGUACAGAAGCGUGUCGGUCUGACCUCAACAAUGCUUUCCAACAUGAAGACUGUCAAGAUGAUGGGCUUGUCUAGCUACAUUGCCACAACACUUCAGGCUGCUCGUAUUACAGAGUUAGAUGCAUCUGGCGCGUUCCGACGAUUGCUUAUUCCGAAACAACUCUCGGCCCCAGUUACCCUUACGCUUUACGUCCUUGCUGUCGAGCAUGGAUCAGGAGCAGGCAAACUCUCAGCAUCACGAGCAUUCACAGUCCUUACUAUUGUCGAACUAAUCACAGGCCCUCUUAGUCUGGCCUUGAUGUCUAUCACAAGCAUUACCAGAUCAUUAGCAUGCUUGGACCGAGUUCAAACAUAUUUAAAGUCUCCCGAUAAGGCAGAUGGACAGCCUCAAACGCCGAUGUCUCACGAGAUAUGCAACGUCUACAAGCUCCCUGACAGCGAUGCUUCGAUUACAGAAAAGACCAGAUCAUUGGAUUACAACAUCAUGAUAUCGAUCAAAGAUGCCGCCUUCGGGUACAAAGGGGCUGAGAGUCCGGCUCUGGAAUCAAUAUCCUUCGACGUGCUUCGUCACUCAAUUACAGCCAUUGCCGGUUCCGUCGGCAGUGGGAAGAGCACGCUCCUGAAGUCGAUUCUCGGAGAACUCGAACUCCGGGCAGGAGAAAAAUCCGUGCUCUCUGCACGCAUUGCCUAUUGCGAUCAAACCCCUUGGGUCCAAAACGGAACCCUUCGUAGCUGCAUUAUUGGGACCUCAAAGUUUGACUCGUCAUGGUUCGACGAAGUCGUCAACGUUUGUGCAUUAGAGGAAGAUUUCAGUGUUCUGGCGGACGGGCAUGACACCAUGGUUGGUAGUCGGGGAAUUGCUUUUAGUGAUGGACAGAGACAGAGGCUGGCACUUGCAAGGGCGCUUUAUUCUCGGGCGCCAUUGUUGAUACUUGACGAUGUUUUCAGGUCACUGGAUGCAAGAACGGCGAUGAAGAUUUCGGAACGCCUCCUUUCUCCAAAUGGACUGAUCAGACGAUGCAAUCUGACUGCUGUCAUCAUAACACAACACGCCCGUCAUCUUGCCAUUGCCGACCAAGUGAUUGUCCUGGAAAAAGGUACCAUCAGUCAGCUUGGUAGUUUCCAGAAUUUGAAGUCGCGGGGAGGAUAUAUCCAGGAUUCUGCUGCUCAAGAGGAUUAUAGCGACCAUCAUCAAGAAGUCCAAUCCAGUGGUUCGAAGACUUCUGCAAUACGGAAGCCUGGGCCGAAAUCGAAGCUACCUAAUACGGCGGGAACAAGCGUGAUUGGAAGCCGCGAAAAAUCUGUCUAUUCUCUCUACCUAAGACACGUCGGUGCACUGAGGGUAAUUGUAUUAUUGAUUGCGGUCAUGGCCUUAGCACUUGCUACCCGACUUCAACGUAAGAUCAAUGACCCAAUCUUGGAUCGUUCGAGACUAACUUUCAAGGCUGACUUUGGAAGGUGGAUGUGGAUGUCGGUUGUACCAGCGACUGCUGGAGGACUACAUGAGCAAUUACUGAGUUCGAUUAUGAACGCUCCCCUCUCAUACUUCACAACGGUAGAUUCAGGAAUAAUUCUGAACCGAUUCAGUCAAGACAUGGCUGUUAUCAAUGGAAUGCUUCCAGUGAACAUCUUCCAGGCGAUCUCCAUUUUCAUGAUCUGCCUGGUCCAGCUGGCGUUUAUUGCUUACGGCUCCAAUUAUCUGGCAAUCGCGGUUCCUGUCACUCUGAUAGUACUAUGGAUCCUCGUCCGCUACUACCUCUUGACCUCUCAGCAGCUCCGCGUCAUCGAGCUCGAACUCAAAGCUCCAAUCUACACAAGCCUGACGGAGACCAAGGAGGGAUUGGCCACCAUUCGAGCAUUCGGAUGGCAGUCCGCCUUCGAAAUGGCGUUCCAAACUCGGAUUGAUGAGUCCAAGAAAGCGAUUUAUAUGCUUUUCAUGAUCCAGAGAUGGCUGAACUUCGUCCUCGACCUCGUCGUUGCUGGGUUGGCCACGACGCUGGUGACUCUGGCGACACAACUACGCGAUCAGACAGACGCAGCAACACUUGGAGUUGGUCUGUCAAGUGUGAUUGGGUUCAGUCUGAACAUGUCGCAGCUCAUUGUUUGCUACACAGAGCUGGAGAACUCACUUGGAGCAAUCAGCAGAAUCAAAGAUUGUGUUGAUAAUGUCGAGGCGGAGGACUCUUCCGGAAACUCAAAAGAGCCACCCGAUGGCUGGCUAGGUAGUGGAGCUAUCGAGUUCAAGAACGUCACGGCGAGUUAUAAGUUUGUGAAGCCCCUCGCUGAAUCAAGAGCAAAUGCUAAUCAGACCAUCAGUGAUAACGAUAGUCCAGCGCUUAACGAAAUAUCAUUCAAUGUUCUACCUGGUCAAAAGAUCUGCAUCUGUGGCAGGACAGGCUCUGGAAAAUCAACUUUGGUAUCGACAUUGCUUCGUCUUCUAGAGGUCUCGGAGGGAAUGAUUGUCGUCGAUGGUGUCGACAUAUCCACUCUCCGACCCGAGGCUGUUAGGAAGAGUAUCAACGUCAUCCCACAGACGCCAUACUUCCUCCCAGGAUCAGUACAUCUGAAUCUCCCGAGCUUGGCGCAGGAUGAAGAUGCCGUGAUCACAGCGUUGCAGAAGGUAGGUCUCUGGGACCUGAUCUCUGCACGAGGCGGCUUGGAAGCAGACAUCUCGAAGAUCGGGCUCUCUCACGGACAACAGCAGUUAUUCUGCUUGGCGGCGGCCAUGUUGAAAAAAUCCAAGAUAGUGCUGAUUGAUGAGGCGACCAGUGGGGUAGACAGCGAGACCGAGCGUAGGAUGGACGACUUGAUCCGCGAAGAAUUCAGAGGCUGUGUUGUUAUCAGUAUCUCCCAUCGCCUAGCAGCGGUGAUGGAUUUUGACCAGGUUGUGGUGCUGCAUCAAGGUAGAUGCGUAGAAAUUGGGGAACCCAAGUCUUCCAAGGUGGCAAAAUGGAAAAACAGUAGCGCACAACGUUGCGAUCAGCCGACAACUCCACCUUUGCCCGAGUUGGCGGGUUCGUACGGGUCAUCCCAGCAAGACAAUGUUCGGCCCAAAAGACGACAACAGCAUCCUGUCUUUACUGCAUUUGAGAUCCUUCAGGCGAGGAUGAAGUUCAGUCCUUGUUUAGGUAUCCCCAAGCUCCCAGAUGACCUUUCAAAUCUGACUGUUGACAUUCGCUUGUCAUGCCCCUUUCGGUAA